AUGUUGGACGAUAAGUCUGAUGCGCCUCCUAAGAUUGACCGCCAGACAACAACACCGUUUCAUCUGAAGCUGUUUUAUAAACAACAUUCCUUCCAUAAUCUCUCGGAUUUCCCGAUCCCUUUCCCUCCAUCCACACGAAACGCAACCACAACCAACCACCCUCCUACGCUGCCUCCGCACCUUCAAAUUUACACCUGGCCGUCUUGUUCUCUACGCGAACUUGCUCAGCUUUUAACGUCAUGUCUUCCUUCGAUUCUUCCAGAUCCUGCUAUUGGAACCCGCUUGAGCUUCCGGCUCAUAUACCCAGAUACAAGAAAUCAGGGAAUUGUGGGUGAGGGGUUGGGGAGGUAUCUGAGUCGAGAUAUGGGCAGUGUCAUUGUCGGACAAAGUCCGGUUGCAGAAAGACGGGAAAAGACUCUUCCAGUAAACGGGGCAUUGAAGCUUCAAGGCGAGGAAGCGGAUAAAUGCUUACAAGAUUUCCGCUUCGUGAUUGGUGACUAUGUCGAUUGUGCAGUUCUCCCUCCUUUGGCCGAUGGCUCUACUGCACCCGCUAUCAUGAACAGGGUAGUAACGGGAAGUUCGGCAAUUGGCGGAGGGAUGAGGGCAUUUGGAAAUGGGCCGUCUUCCUUAAGGGAAACUGCGUUUGGCAAGUCAAGGGCCGGUGGAUCGCUGCGUAGUGGAGGAUUCCCCCCAACUGGCCCAGCUGGAGUUCCUCCGGGGGAAUGGAGAAGAGGGGAGAGGAUCCCCGAAGUAGGAGGGCGUGGCUUCGCUCGGGGCCAUGCAAAGAAUCGUGGAAAGCCGUAUUGA